AUGGAGAGCACAUGUCUGAUUUCAGAACGGGCUUAUGAUAUCUUGCAAGUGGUGGGGAACUGGGCUGGAGUUCUUAUCAAGCAGUUCUUCCAGUUUUAUAUGGUUUGUAUCAUAUGGGAGUCGGUGGAGGACGGGGGCACAUUGGGAUCUGAGGGCCAUUGGGAACAGAAGGGACCAGCCGGCACAUCCACGAGUUACCUGGGCCUAAACUUCCCUGAAUCACAGAGGCCAGAGUCAGGGGACAGUCACAGGUCGGAGCACAUGAAGACUACAGGUCGGAACAGCAGCAAAGGUUGGCAACAGACAGGCUUCCUUUGUGAAGCUGGUUUCCCGCAAGUGAUGGUUUAUGACAAUACCCACGCCAGUGAGGACUCAAACUUUCUGAAAUCCUGCUUCUCGGUCCUAGGUCCCAGCCAGGUCCAAGGUUCCUUCAGCUUUGGAUUGAAUUUAGAACAUGUUCAUGCAAAUAAAAUACGAAGGAACCAAAGCAUGCACAGAGAUUUAAAGAAUCAAGACAAGAUAACAGGGACGUGGAUUAAAGCCCAGACCAGGUGGAGAAUAGCUACCCAGCGCUCGGAUCACCUGCCAGCCGGCCGGCCGGCCAACCCAGCCUGCCAGAUGCCUCUUGCCACUACUCCACUACUUCCUCUCCUCUCACAUCUCAGCCCACUGUCCCCCUGUGGGUCUCCACCCUCAGCGUUCCGCCAAACUGCUUUUGCCAAGGUCAUCGAAUGCCUCCCUCGUGCUAAAGCAAUCUCGCUCACUCUCUAUCGAGUGCCCCUCGGAGGCAGACAACACACGCAGACUGAGUUCGUGAACCUCGGCAAGUACGUGGUAUGGAAGAAUGGGGAACGGUAUCAGAUGAUGAACCAUAAGGAAGUGCUAGCCACGCCCACCACUGGGAUGUUAAGAACAGUGCUGUUCUCAGAGUUCUCUGAGGAAGCUUCAAAUGAAAUUAAGUCCAAUCUCACUACUGCCACAAAAGAGCGAGAGCCUCCAGCCCCCGAGAUUUCAGAGUGUUCGGCAACUGGAACGUCUCAGCAGAAAGUAAUGGACCUCGACGAUCUUGCGAGAGAGUGGGGACCAAAUAUCACACUGCACCCUCCAUCCCACCAAAUUCAGCACCGUGGUGUGUCGCCAUGGUCGAGGAAAGAUGUUUUUCAGAAUAUUCGUCUGCAGGAUGGAGUCCCUAUGGACUGGCGCAUCCCUGAUCAGAGUUAUUCUGAUCUGAAGAAUUUGGAGUUUUUCAUCAGUAUGUCUGAAACCAUUAAAUAUAAUGACGACGAUCAUAAAACUCUGUUUCUGAAAACACUAAACGAACAACGCCUGGAAGGAGAAUUCUGUGAUAUCGCCAUUGUGGUCGAAGAUGUGAAAUUCCGAGCACACAGGUGUGUUCUUGCCGCCUGCAGCACCUACUUUAAAAAGCUUUUCAAGAAGCUUGAGGUUGAUAGCUCUUCGGUAAUAGAAAUAGAUUUUCUUCGUUCUGAUAUAUUCGAAGAGGUCCUGAACUACAUGUACACAGCAAAGAUUUCUGUGAAAAAAGAAGAUGUCAACCUAAUGAUGUCAUCGGGUCAGAUUCUUGGUAUCCGGUUUUUGGAUAAACUCUGUACUCAGAAGCGUGAUGUCUCCAGUCCCGAUGAAAACAACGGCCAGUCAAAGAGUAAGUAUUGCCUCAAAAUAAAUCGCCCCAUUGGAGAUGCUGCUGACACUCAGGAUGAUGACGUGGAAGAAAUUGGAGACCAGGAUGACAGUCCUUCCGAUGACACGGUAGAAGGCACCCCCCCGAGUCAGGAGGACGGCAAGUCGCCGACGACAACGCUCAGGGUUCAGGAAGCAAUCUUAAAAGAGCUGGGGAGUGAGGAAGUCCGGAAGGUAAAUUGCUACGGGCAGGAGGUAGAAUCCAUGGAGACCCCGGAAUCGAAAGAUUUGGGGUCCCAGACCCCUCAAGCCUUAACAUUUAACGACGGAAUGAGUGAAGUGAAGGAUGAACAGACGCCAGGCUGGACGACAGCCGCCAGUGACAUGAAGUUCGAGUACUUACUCUAUGGCCACCAUCGGGAGCAGAUAGCCUGCCAGGCGUGCGGUAAGACAUUCUCCGACGAAGGCAGGUUGAGGAAGCAUGAGAAACUCCACACGGCAGACAGGCCGUUUGUCUGUGAAAUGUGCACAAAAGGUUUUACCACACAGGCCCACCUGAAAGAACACCUAAAAAUCCACACAGGGUACAAACCCUACAGUUGCGAGGUGUGUGGAAAAUCAUUCAUCCGCGCCCCAGACUUAAAGAAGCACGAGAGAGUUCACAGUAACGAGAGACCUUUUGCGUGCCACAUGUGUGACAAAGCCUUCAAACACAAGUCCCACCUCAAAGACCACGAACGAAGACACAGAGGGGAGAAGCCCUUUGUAUGUGGCUCUUGCACCAAGGCAUUUGCCAAGGCGUCUGAUCUGAAAAGGCACGAGAACAAUAUGCACAGUGAAAGGAAGCAGGUGACCCCCAGUGCCAUCCAGAGUGAGACAGAACAGUUGCAGGCAGCAGCGAUGGCCGCUGAAGCCGAGCAGCAGUUGGAAACGAUAGCCUGUAGCUAG